CAGGAAAGAGCUGAGACAGCUGACUUCUAAAAAGAAAGGAAGACAGAGAGAAAGAGGGAGAAGGCAUAUUUACCUUGGAGUCUUCAUCAUUCGGGCAUUGGGGCAAAAUGGUGCCCACCAUUUUUCUGAGCACCCUUUUGCUUCAUUUUACUGUCUCUGUGGCUUUGAAACCGCAAUAUAUCCUAUGGGUCUCCUCUGUGAUGCAAAGUCAUUCUCCAGAGCAAGCUUGUCUCCACCUUUUAAACCUCAAUGAAUCUGUAUCCUUGAGUGUUGUCUUGGAAUAUGGUGGAUCCAAUACCACUAUUUUUGACCAGUCUGUGGAAGAAGAUAACUUCUACACUUGUGCAAAUUUUGAGGUUUCUCAGAAGUCCUCGGAGCAGUUGGCUUUCGUGACAUUGUUGGCAAAGGGAGACACUCUUAAAAUCUUUGAGAGGAGAGCUGUAGCCAUCUCUUCGGAAGAGACAGUAACCUUUGUGCAGACAGAUAAGCCCAUCUAUAAAGCUGGAGAGGAUGUUAAAGUUCGCAUCGUGACACUGAAUACCAAUUUCAUACCUACUGAGGAUUUGUAUCCUUUGAUCACACUUCAGGAUCCUCAAAACAACAGGAUUUUUCAAUGGCACGAUGUGACUUCUUUUCACAAUAUUACUGAACUCUCAUUCCAGUUGAUUUCAGAACCAAUGUUUGGAGAUUAUUCUAUCAUUGUGCACAGAAAAUCAGGAAAGACGUUGACACACCAGUUUACUGUCAAUAGACAUGUGUUGCCCAAGUUUGAGGUUAAGGUCAGUGCACCAAAAACAGUAACUAUUUCAGAUGAUGAAUUCCAAGUGGCUGCAUGUGCUAAGUAUACCUUUGGUCAACCCGUGCAAGGCAGAGCCCAAAUCCGGGUGUGCAGAGAAUUUCCUUCCUCUGGGAAUUGUGAGAAAGCCAGCAAUGAAAUAUGUGAACAAUUUGUUGCACAGUUGAGAAAUGGUUGCAUUUCUCAAAUGGUAAAUACCAAAGUCUUCCAACUCUACCGUUCUGGACUUUUCAUGUUAUUUCAGAUCACCGUAACUGUUACGGAAACUGGGACAGGUGUGCAGAUCAGUGAAAAGUCUUCUGUUUCUAUCACUCAAGUGCUUGGGAGUGUUAGCUUUGAGAACAUGGUCCCUUUCUAUAGAAGAGGAAUUUCAUAUUUUGGAACUCUUAAAUUUUCUGGUCCUAAUAACAUACCGAUGGUGAACAAGUUAUUGCAACUGGAGCUCAAUGACAAAUUUGUAGGAAAUUACACGACAGACGAGAACGGAGAAGCUCAGUUUUCCAUCGACACUUCAGAGAUGUUCGAUCCGGAGUUCAGCCUGAAAGCCACAUAUAUCCGACCUAAGAGCUGCUACCUUCCCAGCUGGUUAACGCCCACUUACUCGGAAGGUUAUUUCCCAGUCCGGCGCUUUUACUCGCGAACCAACAGCUUCCUGACGAUCGUGCCCGAAACGAAGCAGCUUAGAUGCGAUCAGCAGGAGGUGGUUACUGUGUAUUACUCCCUAAACAGUGAAGCACAUAGCGGUGAUUCCGGUAUAAACUUCUUCUAUCUGAUAAUGGUCAAAGGAGCUAUCUUCCUCAGUGGACAAAAGGAAAUCAGAAACAAAGCCUGGAAGGGAAACGUCUCCUUCCCCAUCAAUGUCAGUGCCGAUCUGGCCCCCGUGGCCUUCAUGCUUGUCUACACCCUCCACCCCGGUGGGGAAAUUGUGGCUGACAGCGUCAGAUUCCAGGUUGAAAAGUGCUUUAAGAACAAGGUUAGCAUGAAGUUCUCCAAGGAGCGGCGGCUGCCUGGCUCCAGCACUCGUCUCCAACUUAAAGCAGCCCCCGACUCAUUCUGUGCUCUCCGGGCUGUGGAUAAAAGCGUUCUUCUGCUGAAAUCAGAACCGCAGCUGUCAGCUGAAACUGUGUAUAAUCUGCUUCCAAAUACAGAACUCUAUGGUUAUCUCUAUCAUGGUCUCAACCUGGAUGAUGGCAAGCUAGACCCUUGCAUUCCUCAGAAGGAUAUGUUUUACAACGGCUUGUAUUAUACACCUGUAAGCAACCAUGGGGAUGGAGACGCCUACAAUAUUGUCAGGGAUAUGGGUCUGAAAGUCUUUACCAAUCUCCAUCACCGGAAACCAGAAGUAUGUCUGAUGGAGCGAGGGGAGCCCUUCCUUAGGCCACUGUAUCUAAACUUGGGAGGUUAUGAACCCAUGUACAGUGCCCCGUCCAGAAUCGCAUCUGGUGAAGUCAUAAAGGAGAAUUCUGACUAUGUAGAACAGGCUAUAAUUGAAACAGUAAGAACAAACUUCCCAGAAACAUGGAUUUGGGACCUUGUCAGUGUUGGUUCCUCAGGUUCAGCAAAUCUUUCAUUCGUCAUCCCUGAUACCAUUACCCAGUGGGAGGCCAGCGGCUUCUGUGUGAAUGGUGAGGCUGGGUUUGGCAUUGCCUCAGUGGUUGCUCUGGAAGUCUCUCAGCCUUUCUUUGUUGAAAUGACCUUACCCUUCUCAGUUGUUCGAAACGAGCAAUCUGACUUGAUCGUCAGUGUCUUCAACUACCUGAAUACAUGUGUUGAGAUUUUUGUUCAACUGGAAAUGUCUCAGGAUUUUGAGGCAGAUCUCAGCACCCCUAAAGACCACGGCAGUGAGAUUAUCCAAGCUGGGGAGAAGAAGACAUACAUCUGGACUCUCACACCUGCGGAGCUGGGUAAAGUGAAUAUCACUGUAGUAGCUGAGUCCAGACAAAGUAGUGCUUGCCCAAAAGAUGCAACUGAGCAGCAGAUUCUAAACUGGAAAGACACUGUGGUCAGAAGUUUGUUGGUAGAGCCUGAAGGGGUUGAAAAGGAAGUGACUCAAAGUUUCCUUAUCUGCACUGAAGGCACCAAAGCCUCUAGGCAAGUAGAUUUGGAUUUGCCAAACAAUGUCGUGGAAGGAUCAGCCAGGGCCUUUUUCACCAUUGUGGGGGAUGUUCUAGGACUUGCAGUGCAGAACCUGGAGAAUCUUCUCCAAAUGCCCUCUGGAGGCGGAGAGCAGAACAUUGCCCUGCUGGCAUCUGACACGUACAUCCUUGACUAUCUGCAAUCUACUGAACAAUUGACAGAGGAAGUUAAAUCCAAAGCUAUCUCUUUCUUAUCUAAUGGUUAUCAAAGGCAACUGUCUUUCAAAAACCCUGAUGGUUCUUAUAAUGUGUUUUGGCGGAGGAAUCAGGAAGGAAGCCUAUGGCUCAGUGCCCUGACCUUCAAGACAUUAAAGGGGAUGGAGAAAUACAUUUUCAUUGAUGAACAAGUUCAAAAAGAGACCCUGAUCUGGCUUUCAAGCAAACAGAAAGUAGACGGCUGCUUUCAGAGCGAUGGCAAGCUUUUCAACAACGCCUGGGAGGUUGGAGACAAAGAGGAUGUCUUCCUCACCGCGUAUGUCGUGGGUGCAUUCCUUGAAGCUGGGCUCAGUUCCACCUUUCCUGCUCUACGAAGCGGGCUUUUUUGCCUCGAGGAGGCCUUGGAAAAUGGGGUCACGAAUGGCUAUAUCCAUGCGGUUCUAGCUUAUGCUUUUGCAUUAGCUGGAAAAGAGAAGCCAGUAGAAUCCUUACUCCAGACCCUGGAUCAAUCUGCUACAAAACUAAAUAACAUGAUAUACUGGGAAAGAGCAAAGAGACGCAAGACAGAAGCAUCUCCGUUCUUUAUUCCCUGGGCACCUUCUGCUGAGACUGAGAAGACUUGCUAUGUGCUGUUGGCUGUCAUUUCCCAGAAAACUCCUGACCUGACCUACGCCAGUAAGAUCGUGCAGUGGCUCGCCCAACAGAUGAGUCCUCAAGGAGGCUUCUCGUACCCCCAGGACACUGCCAUCUGUCUUCUUGCCAUAACCCGCUACAUGAAGUUAACCUUUUCUAAUGGGCAAAACACGGUCACCUUUAGCAGUGACGAAUCCAGUAAGGUUUUCCAAGUUAACGGUGACAACCGCUUACUGGUCCAACGUUCAGAACUAACAGAAGCACACGGACAACACACAGUAGAUGUGGAAGGACAAGGCUGUACCUUUAUCCAGGCUACCCUGAGGUAUAAUGUGCUACUGCCUAAGAAGGAAUCAGGAUUUUCCCUUUCCUUGGAAAUGGUAAAGAAAAACUCUUCUGAUGUAUUCCAGAGUAAUUUUGAUCUGACGGUAACUCUCAAGUAUACUGGAAUUCGCAAUAACUCCAACAUGGUCCUUGUUGAUGUAAAAAUGCUAUCAGGGUUUACUCCAGUCACGUCGUCCACUGAGGAGCUUGAAAAUAAUGGCCAAGUAAUGAAAAGUGAAGUCAAGAAUGACCACAUUCUUUUCUACUUGGAAAAUGUUUUUGGAACAGCAAUGAGUUUCACCUUCUCUGUUGAGCAAAUCAACCGUGUAUCCAACAUUCAGCCAGCUCCAGUCAUGGUCUAUGAUUAUUAUGAAAAAGAUGAAUAUGCCCUUGCUUCUUACAACAUCAACAGUGUUUCAGUGUCCCAGUGAGACAAAACAAAGCACGAGAGAAGGUAGGAAACUAUUUACUUUGAACAAACUCAUUCUCCUUUAUCAAACCUGGAAGAAAACCAUGGACCACCUCACUUCCUGAACCGUCUGCAAUCUGCUAUGACCUCUAAUCAGACUUGGUUUAUUAUUCCAUUAAAUGCUGUGAUUUU